AUGUGUUCUAAUACUUCCACAACAACUUUAUUCAUUUGCAUUCAGGGCACCAAAGGCGAUACUCUGCAAGAUCCCUUCCUUGGCCUGGGACCUGGAGUACCAGGAAGAAAAGGAGAAAAAGGUGAAAUGGGUCCUAUUGGAUUGUCCGGUUUGCGUGGGGAUCCUGGAGAGCCUGGACCAUUUGGCCGGAGCGGUUUUGGGGGACAAAAAGGAGAGAAAGGGGAACGCGGCCCAAAGGGUCUAAAAGGCAAGCCAUGGCAAUCAAGUACCGAGGGAACUUUGCCAGGAGAAAAGGGAAGCAAGGGAGAAAAAGGAGCCUCCUAUGAUCAACUUAACAUUUUGAAAGGAUUUCCAGCUGGAAAGAAGGGAGUGAAGGGGGAUCGAGGAAUACAAGGCAUGAUCGGAGACAAGGGCAUCAUAGGACUUAAAGGACGGUCUGGUUUUCCGGGAGUGAAAGGAUUGAUGGGUGAGCCUGGCGAACCUGGAUCUGUGGGGAAAAAAGGCAAGGAAGGUCCCGUCGGAAAUGUCGGCCAGCCCGGGGCACCAGGAAGUGACGGAUUGCCAGGACCAAUCGGUGAUCCAGGGCCAAUAGGUCCUCGAGGUGAAAGAGGAACUCCGGCACAGCCAGGACCCAAGGGUCAAAAGACUCGCUUCUGUAUCCUCUAUUAA